UCCCGUGGGCUGCAGGUACGGACCUGGAAACUGAGGCCCGAGGGGAAGGUGGGGGCACAGGUACCACAACAAAUGCACGUGCUCGGGGCGCUGGGCUCGGGGCGCUCCACCCGCGCUUAGGUGCCGCCCUGCGGAACCCGGUCUUUGUCUCCGGCGCUGGGGAGGGAUUGGCGCCGGGGGGCUCCGCUGGCGGGAGGAGGAGGACGAGGAGGUCGGCAGAGACUUGUGAAAGCUCUGCCACUCUUUCAAUUUUGCGUUUCUGCAAAGGACAGUUCUGCUUGCCACCGAGGACCAUCCCUUUCGGUUGCUUCAUGGUACCAAAAGUCCAGCCACAAACCUUAGAAGGAAGUUAAAAAAAAUAAAAGGCUGGGUAGAAGCUCUGCAGUGAGCCCAGAAGGCAGCUGCCCAAGCAGAAGCUGCUCCUGAGACGGGCUGAAACAAACUGGCCUCCCCGAGCCUGCUCAAGCCCUACGGCUGGGUCUCUCUGUCCCAGCACAGAGAUGGUGUUUAAUCAUCCGCAGACAAAUGAGCCUUGGCCUCCAGACCCAAUAAAGCCAACAUCCUUUCUCCUGGAGAACAGAGCCACUUCCUGAAGUCCUGGAGGACCAGCAGCCAGAAGCAGGCUUGUUUUCCUGCUCAGAAUAGUGUUUUUCUCGAACACAUCCUUCAUUAUGAUUCACACCAACGUGAAGAAAAAGUUCAGCUGCAUUGUACUGGUCUGUCUCUUAUUUGCGAUUAUCUGUGUGUGGAAGGAGAAGAAGAAAGGGGGUGACUAUGAGUCCCUUCAUUUGCCCUCCGAGGGACUCCAGAUCUUGGGUAGUUUGCAGACGCUGACCAUGGGGUCUCUUUCCCAAUCUGCAUCUUCAGACAGCAUCCAGGACCCACUCAGGGGAAACCAAGACCUCAGCAGGCUCAGGGGUUCAUCAACAGCCAAGGUACAGACCUCCCACCUGGUGUGGAACAAGGACAGUUCUUCCAGAAACCUUGUCCCUCGGCUGCAGAAGAUCUGGAAGAAUUACAUGAAAAUGAAUAAGUACAAAGUGUCCUACAAGGGGCCCGGGCCGGGUGUCAAGUUCAGUGCAGAAGCCUUGAGCUGCCAUCUUCGGAACCGAGUGAACGUAUCCAUGGUAGAAUCCUCAGAUUUUCCCUUCAACACCUCUGAAUGGGAGGGCUACCUCCCCAAAGAGAACAUUAAGACCAAGACUGGGCCAUGGGGCCGGUGUGCUGUUGUCUCAUCAGCUGGAUCUCUGAAGUCCUCCCAACUGGGCCAAGAAAUAGACGAUCAUGAUGCUGUCCUGAGGUUUAAUGCAGCACCCACGGCCAACUUCCAGCGCGAUGUGGGAUCGAAAACCACCAUUCGCCUGAUGAAUUCUCAGUUGGUCACCACAGAGCGGCGCUUCCUCAAGGACAGUCUGUACAACGAAGGAAUCCUGGUUGUGUGGGACCCCUCUGUGUAUCACUCAGAUAUCCCAAAGUGGUACAAGAAUCCCGACUAUGGCUUCUUUGAGAACUACAAGAGCUACCGGAAGAUGCAUCCCGAUCAGCCCUUUUACAUCCUGAAGCCCCAGAUGCCUUGGGAGCUGUGGGAUAUCCUUCAGGAAAUGGCUCCAGAAGAGAUUCAACCAAACCCACCAUCCUCCGGCAUGCUUGGUAUCAUCCUCAUGAUGACACUGUGUGACCAAGUGGAUAUUUACGAGUUCCUUCCAUCCAAGCGCAAAACAGACGUGUGUUACUACUACCAGAAGUUCUUCGACAGUGCCUGCACCAUGGGCGCCUACCAUCCGCUCCUCUAUGAGAAGAACCUGGUGAAGUUCCUUAACCUGGGCACUGACGAGGACAUUUACCUGCUUGGAAAAGCCACACUGCCCGGCUUCCGGAGUAUUCGCUGCUGAAUGCGGCCUCCUAGGCUAGGAAUCUUCACACUGCUCUGUUGGGCAUUUGACAGCUAUUCUCUUGGCUACCCUGGGCCUGGCACAACCUGACUCCUAGAUAAUCCCAGUCUGCAUCUGGUCCUCUAGGCCUCACCAGUCUGUAGUCACAGGGUGUAUAAGCUCCAAAUCCCCAGCACAGAGCUACACACACCUACACGGUCUGUGGUCCUUCCUUUCCUGUAAAUGGAUGCAAGGUCUACCUUUCUCACCAGGCUGCCAGUGCUGGGCUGUUUCCCCAAUGAUCUUAUUCUUGCCAUCCAGUGCUCUGGAGUGCUUGAAGUCCAAGAAAGACGAAUUCCACUUCUUAAAGACAUGCUCCCAAAUUGUGACUUUAUGUAUGGGGGCGAGUAAUGGGCACGGAAGGUAGGAACUGUCUCAUUUCUCCAGAAUUUCUCCUUGAUUCUGGCCGAGGCCGGGUUGCAGUCACUGGCUGGCUUGGUGGGUCCUUAGCCCAAGUGCUGAUGAGAGAAGGCUCAAGGCCUCCCAUCCCGGGGAGAUGAGGUACAGAAGAUUCCAUCUCCAUCCACAGGUGGCUCAGAAUGGAGAGGGAGAGAUAAGUGGGACAGCUCUAGUGUGUGCCUUGCCAGAGGCCUGCGGACAGCAAAUAUCAUGGAGUCCUUGGACCUUCCCACUGAUUGGAAACACUAUUGACGCUAUUUGGAGCUGAGACAUUAACCUCAGAACUUCUGAAACAUGACUAAAUAACCAGACAUGUGUUGUUUUUUGUUUCUCUCUCACCCCCUACCCCCCUCCAUUUUUUUUUAUGGGUCACACCUGGCAGUGCUUGAGCCUACUUCCAAUUCUGUGGUCAGGGGUGACUUCUGGUGGUGUUCAGGGGAUUAAACCCAGACGUCCUGCAUGCGGAGCACAUACUCAGCCUACUGAGUUGUUUCUCUGGCCCUCUUUCUGCCUCUCGUAUUCCUCUCUCACCUAUCUGAAUUCACAGGCUUCCAUUUUUGGGGGGUGCACCCCAACCCACAUCUGCGCAGUACAUGCAGCCCCACUGCAGGCAUCAGGAAAGCCAACACUCUGAGUUUCCCAAGCCUGACUUGGCCUGACCCUGUCCUGCCUGUUAGGUAUCCUUCUGCCUGUUUCCAACUUUUGUUUUUGAAUGACUGCCCCUUGUCACCAUCUGCCACCCUUCCCUGUCCCAUCUUAAAAGCUCUCCUCCCUUCUCUUCCUCACACUUUAAGCAUUUCCCACUUUUAAGGUCUCCUGACCUAAUUUUCUUGGUCUUCCUGGGCCUUCUGUGAAAGAUGUCUCAAGGAAUGUGGACGUGGCUCUCUAGAGCUUGAAGUGUCUCUCAGAGGAACAGAACCUUGGAACCGUAAUUGAUUCUCACAGCAGGAUGCCCUCCACCUUCUUCAGCAAAUGGCGACAUCAGAGUCUUCAAGCAGAGCCCUGCCCAUUGGACCUGCUCCCUGGGUGCUUCAAAUUGCCUCCCCUGGUGGAGAACUCCACUGGACUGAUCCAGCCCCUGUAUAGCCUUGUGCAGGGUCACAAAGUAAUGUGGUAGUGCUGGAUUUCUGAACUCCUGGGAGCUACUCCUGUGUCCUCAAGGCCUCAAAUAUGAGCUCCCCUCCCGCCCCCCAGGAACUAGACAAUUCAAUGCUCAAAGAACUUCUAAGGGUACAGCACAGCUCUGGGGUGUCAGAUUGCUGCUUCCCUAUUUGCUAGCUAUGCCUUCAUGGGAAGAUUCUCCUCUCUGAACUUGUUUCCACAUCUGUAAAAUGGGGAGUGAUGAGCCUGCCAUGGGCUGGCCAUCAUGAGGGAUGCAUGAAACCCUGUCUUGAACCAAUAGCUGGCUUGCAGGAGAUUCGCAAGAGCUGCUGGUUUCCUUCCUUUCUGACUGAUCUACUCCUGUGGCCAGACCCAAGCAGCAUCUUGCUCCGAGGGAUGCCAGAGCACAGCCGUGUCUUCACAGAGUUCAGUGUCAUGUAGGAAGAGAAUUUGGCUUAGAACAUCAUGGACACCAACAAAAGCAGUGUUUGUGCAGAAACAAGCCCAACUUCUUCCCUGCCCGAAGCUCAGACCGGACUUUGUUUGGGAACGGGCAGGGCACAGGGAUCACUCCCUGCCAGGUGGAACAAGCCAUUCCCACCUUUCUGUGCCCCUGAGUUCCUAGCUUGUAUUAUAUUGCACACACUCACUGCAGUUUUGGAAUCAGGAGAAUGUAGAAGACGAUGGCCAUUCAUCAGCAAGAGGGGCAUGUGGAGGUGGACACCAGUUCAACAUUGGGUAGAUGCUAGCUUUUAAUCAUUAGAGAAGGGAUCCAAUUAAUUUAAGUACGUUUCUGAAGUCUGCUGAGUUCAGUUGUGAUAUUGAUAUAUAUAUAUAUAUAUAUAUAUAUAUAUAUAUAUGUAAAGUAAAAGUAAA